CCUUUAUAAGCGGCCCGGAGCCCACCGACCACCAGGCUGAGCUCCGCUUCCACCGCCGCUGGGAGCCGCUUCUGGGAACGUUUAGGGAACCUGGAGCCACGGAGGGGAACGACGUCAAACUAAAGGAAGGAGAGAUGGAGGUUUGUCACACUGGAUUCUACACUGAGGACUUCAGCACGCAGGAAGUGCCUGCAGGCUUCGACUUUGCGUCUUAUGACUGUCCAGGUGAAGACCCGUCCCUCCUGUUGGACAGUAAAGCCUUCGGGUCGCAGCAGUACUACCCAGAACCGCCUAAAGCUCCAAACCUUUACCACCACAGCAAAGCAGGUACCGCCGAUACCGGACUCUUGAACCUGGACUCACACCAGGACUUUACCUGGCUGUACCCGGACGAUGGUUUGACUCUGGACCAGAACCAAACUGGGUACCAGGAGGCCCUGCAGACCUACCAGAACCUGCCUCAGGCCGGACCGUUCAGCCCGGGACUGGACGGCAGCCACAGCCCGUUUCUGACCCGGAAAGGAUCCAACCCGUUCCAGAAUAAAAGCGAUCAGAGUUUCUACGACUCAGACGGACACAGACAGAUUUCUUCCUUCUGGCCUGAAUAUUCACCUCCCAGCUUCACCUCCACCCCGCUUCACCCUCCUCUUCCUCCUCCUCCUCCUCCUCCUCCUCCUUCGUCCUGCCCCUCGAACCCCAGCACUCAGCCUGCAGAGCACUACUGCCCCCGUGUGGCCAAGCGCAAGAACACACACCUGCAGAGGCCAGAGAGGGAGGGGCAGGUAACGGGAAUGUCAGCGUAUCCAGGUUCUGGUCCCAUCCAGCUGUGGCAGUUUCUACUGGAGCUUCUUCUGGACUCCGCCUGCAGGACCUUCAUCUCCUGGACCGGAGACGGAUGGGAGUUUAAGAUGUCUGAUCCCACCGAGGUGGCCAAGCGCUGGGGUCAGUGCAAGAACAAGCCAAAGAUGAACUAUGAGAAGCUGAGCCGCGGCCUGCGCUACUACUACCACAAAAACAUCAUCCACAAGACGGCGGGCAAACGCUACGUCUACCGCUUCGUCUGCGACAUGCAGGGCAUGCUGGGAAAGACGGCGCAGGAGGUCCUGAGCAGCCUGAGCGUCUCACCCACAAACACAGAGACGUGGCCGGCCUCCGGGGGGGCGGCGGCGGCCGAGCCCAGCGGCGGGCCCUGGUGAGGGCCGGGUCCAGCCGGGUCCAGCCGGGUCCAGCCGGGUCGGGAACUCUGCCAGAACCAGAACAUCCUCAGAGGAUGAACCUGCUUCAGGAAAUGUAGAGAUGCUGCAACCAGCAAAAACACAAAGCAAAAAAACUUUGUUUCAUGUAAAAUGUUUGGAACCUCCAGACCAGAGAAGCACUACGAAAUUUCACCUGAUGCUCAGAGGACAAGAGUAAAUAUUGUUAAUAAGACUAUCUUGUAGAGUUUUGUGCAUUUAUAUUAUUAUUAUUAUUAUUAUUUUUUAUACAAAACUCAUUUCUACCUCCUUUGCUACAGAGAAGAACAACCUGGUGUUUCGUUCAGACACCUGGAGAAAAUAGUUUCAUCGGUUUCUGAUGAAUAUUUGUGUAAAUAAACUAUUUCAGAC